AUGGAUUCGAACACUUCGCUGCCUCCGCCUGACCAAUACCGUACCCUGGUAAAGCGUCUCCAGAGCAGUAACUAUCUCCUGAACAAACAACUACAGCACAUCUGUCUUGUAAACGGACUAAGGACUUCGGGAGUCAAGGCCGAGCUGCAGAGGCGCAUCCUCGACGCACUCGAAAAGGCCUACACGCAAGGCGAUCCACGGGCAUACCGCGACAUCGAGCAAAGCAUACUUCGCGAGAAAGCCGGCGGUCUCCCUGCACCACAUGAAGCCCUUCCAUCACCCCUGCCCGUUUCCAAUAACGCGCAAAGCCUGUCUCCAAACAUGAAUUACGGCGGCUACCAGAAUGGCUACCCUGGCUACGGAGGCGUCAACGGUCAGCGGUCGCAUCAGAUACCUCCACAGGGUAUGUUCAACUCAUCUGGGCCCUCUGCGCUUCGACCUGAUCGCGUGCUGAGCGUCCAAGGAUUUCAUUUUCGCUCCAGCCCUUUCUACCACGUCGUGGGCAGGAUAGGACCGGUCCAAACCUGCGAAGUCAUGCAAAACCACAGGAACUGCACCAACAUCCAGAUCAAGGCUCAAGACAACCCACUUCUCGCCAGAUGUGUCGCUGAGAAGGACAUGAGAGUGUUGGUGUUUUGCGCUGGAGGCAACACAGGCCCGCAAGAUAUCGCAUUCCCCCAUCAGUCUGAACUGAAGGUGAAUGGUGGGGAUGUCAAGGCCAAUUUGAGGGGCCUCAAGAACAAGCCAGGCUCUACAAGGCCUGUGGAUAUCACGGAUCUACUUCGUCUCAAGAUCCCCAAUUAUGCCAACAAUAUCGAGUUUACCUACGCGUUGACGCAGAAGGCAGGUGACAAGGCCUCUCAGAGUAACGGUCAAAGAUUCUAUCUUGUGGUCAAUGUCUGCAAGACGACCCCUGUCGAAAGCCUCGUACAGACCAUCUCUAGGAAAAGGAUCUCAAAGGCCUCCGUCUUGCACGAACUUACGAGGAAAGCACAUGACGCCGAGAUUGAGAUGUCUUCCCAGGUCCUUUCCCUGAAGUGUCCUCUUUCGUACAUGAGACUGGUCACGCCCUGCCGCGCGACCACAUGCACCCAUGUACAGUGUUUUGAUGCAACCUCGUACCUUCAGCUGCAGCAGCAAGGCCCGCAAUGGCUGUGUCCCGUUUGCAGCAAGAGUGCACCUUACGACAGGCUUGCAAUUGAUGAGUAUGUGAGGGACAUCUUGGACAGGACUUCUCGAAGCGUGGAACAAGUCGACAUCGAGCCCAAUGGACAGUGGAAGGCCCAUGGCAGCGUUGAGGAGGAAGCAGAGCCGGAGCCAGAACACGAAGCUCUUGCCAUCGAUGACGACGACUUGGUCAUUUCGGAGAUCAGUUACGUCGGCAACCGCGGGACAAAUACACCAAACACACUGGCCCCCACCACGAGCACUCCAACUCCAGUCACUGCGGCCUCUCGAGAAGGCUCUUUUAUGCCGAGAUCGGGAGGCAACAAACGUUCUCAUGCGGAAGUCAUCGAUUUGACGCUGUCAGAGGAUGAAGAACCUCCGGAGCCGCCACGGAAGAAGGUACAGCCGUAUGGUGCCGGGUCUGCCUAUUCGUCGUAUCUAGGCUAG